AUGGGUAAAAAGAAUUUCAAAGAUCUCUAUCGACGUGUCAAAGGAGAACACGGGAAUGUGACUUGUGAAAUAUCCGUUUUCUCUGAUAACUUCAAUCCACUACUUCGAUAUGCUGGUGUUAUUAUCUACUCAAUCGAUGGAAAAUUUGAAUGGGAGAACUAUGCGGGUGGAAAGGCGUAUGGACGAAGAGGAAGAAGCUUUUACAUCAUUAUACAAUGUACAGACAAUUGGUCAGAUGACUACUAUAAACCAGUAGGACAAGGAACUGUGCAUGACUACCUCUUAAAAAACGUCAUGGGUAUUGAAUCUGAUCAAAAGCGCAUUGCAUGUGGUGGGUUUGCUUAUCUCUUUCACGAACUAAAAUUUAGUAGUAUUUGGCUCAAUGGUACGGACCAAACUGAUGCUGAGAGUGAUGGAGACAGAUAUUUGAGCGAUUCUGAAAAGAUCUUAGUCGCCUAUUGUUGGGAGGAGUACAAAAAGCAUGGUGCACAUCACGUAUUCUCCGUUCCGUUUUUUAUAGAUGAACUAUUAUUGAAUUAG